GGGACUUCACUAAUCCCUCGUUGCCCAUCGGAGCGGACUUUGGGCUUCACCACCACCCGGUGCACGGAUACGACAACAUGUGGUUAGGAGCCGGCAUGCGGGUGGGACCUUCACAACCGUGUGUGCUCCAAGUGCGCAAUCUCAACACUGAGUUGGUUACUCCAGAUAUUCUCUUUACACUCUUUGGCGUGUACUCGGAUGUGCAACGGGUUAAGAUUCUGUACAAACAGCCCGAGUCCGCUCUGAUACAAAUCAAGGAGAACAUGCAGGCGUAUCUAGCUAUGAUCCAUCUUAACGGCGUGCCCUUAUUUGGAAAAGAUCUGCACAUUGUUCAAUCACGCCAUCCCGAAGUUCGGCUCUCGUCGCAUCACACUCACCAUCACGCACACAGUCACCAGCGCGCCACUGAGAUGCCAGAGAAGAGCACGGAAGGAAUGCCAAGAAUAUCCGGAAUGUACUCCCAGAAUUCGUUGAACGACUCCCGUUUCGGCGGGCUCUGUGGCGGAGAAAACGGGGGAGACCAAGCACCACACCAACAUCCAGACAACCACAAAUUAACACCUACACAGGCACACAUCAGUGCUCCAUGCAGUAUGGUCACACACCCACACACAAACGAACACGCACGCGCGCGUGCAUCGAAGCAGAAGCCAUUCCAAGCCUACGGACGUAGCCAUAUCACCGCCAUCGGUACCGAUUCGUCUAGUCCCACUGCCGAUAUCACCCCAGACAGUGCGCUCAAUGCGAGCCUCAAUGUGGGAGGGAGUUGGGAUGUGACGGGUCAGUUUGUACCGAACUACAACCAACACGCACACUUGUACGCAGCGACUCUUGAUACCGUCACGGACAACGGUAAUACUGCCGAGAAUCUAAAACCCAGCGGCAUGUCUACCAUGGGUAGUGUGGAUGUAGGUAUGGGAUGGGUAGAGUCUACGGGCACUUUCGCACCCACUACCAAAUAUGGGCGUGGUCGUGGGGCGCGCACACGGGAAGAGCGGCUGCACCAAUCAAAACAGCGCACGCAGCAGAUGCAGGGUAACCAUGGUAUUCAGGGACAGCUGACUGGAGGCAGUUCGAAGGCACAGCCUAAUGGGGAGGCACAUACAAACGUACACACUCCUGUACAUCACAGACACGAGAAAGCACAGACACAGCCAUACACAUCACGCUCAGAUAGCUUGCAAUCCCUACCAGAGAAUAGCCGCCAGAAACAGGGCGUGUUGACUGCCGCGGACAUCGUCGCGGGACGGGGUGGCAAGGGCCGGGGAGAGAGUUUGGUGAAAACAACUGUUGGAAAGGGGAGCACAUCCCACAAGUCACCCGCAAAGGCCCUUGCACGCGGGAGUAUGGGUGCGGAAGAGAGUGCAUCCCUGAAGAUAGUGACUGAUGAGAUGGGGGCCACUGGCGCGAGAGGAAUUGUACAGACAGCCACCCACACAGACGCGGAUACGAUUGCGGAUGUAGCUAUGCUGUCUUCAGGUCGGGGCUGUGUGAGCACCGGCACCGCAAACCAAGACUACAGCGUUGUCAUGACAACCAGUGAUUUGGAAGUCGGUGACACGAGCGGGGUGGAAUCCUUGGACAAAGAUACAAAGGGCGCACUCGCAAACGAUGUACCAGCACAAGCCACUGUAUCAGGAACGAGUGCUCAUAGCCUACCAAGCAUGCUCAGCAGCCAAGACGGAACCUCAAAAGUGCUUAGCAACCUGAAAACAGUGCAUUCUGAGACAGAAAGCAGCUCUGCUGGAUCAGAGCUUGGAGGCGCGGAUUCCAUGGCAACGGAGGGCGAAUGUAGGUUCCACGAGACACCAACAGAGGAUUCAGAGAACGAGUCGGGUGUAUUCGGUGUGUCGAAUGAUGGUAGCGGUGUUGUGGAAAACGCAUGUCAAGUGGAAAGCGAAAGCCACGGUGCCGGCGAAGCCCAAAACUUGGCACCACGCACUGUAUCGGCUGAGGGGGAGGCGGACGCUCUCAGUCACGACGAUGCAGCUACUCUGCCCAAUGCGCACGAGACGGGUCAAACCGCAACAACCACAAAAGCUGCAGGAAAUGCGGAAGCCGCAGCAGCCGCAGAUACCGCGCAGGUGACAAUGGUCAAAGCUCAAUAUGUCAUGGUCGCCGACGCGGGUGGCUUGGAGGUGGGAGAAACUCUGGGGGACGCGCGAAACUGCCAUGGAGCGAAAUCUACGUCCGAAGUUGUCAGUGACGAAGUGGCGGGGACUGAGAAGCACGAAGAUUUGGAUCGAGAAAACUCGAAUGUGGGUGUGAUUGGGCACACGAAUAGCGAGAUUUCCGAAGGCGAAAAGACCGGAACGGAUCAGUCACACUCUCAGGCUCAAAUGAUGGUACCGAGUGAUACGCUGAAGCGCAAGGAUACUACAACGGGCGAGAUGGGUGGGACUUCGAAGUCCGACACAGUUGUAAACAAAGAGAACAGAGAAGGAAUAUAUGCUUGUUCAGGGGAAGGUACGGACACUCCAUCGGGUUCCGAGGCCGAUAGUACCACAGAUGCAACAAUGACUGCCGCGGAAGGUAGCCACCAGAGUACAGAUAGUGCCAGCAAUACGGAAUCGAAUAGUAAAAGCAGGAGUGAUGGCAAUACUCCCGAUAGGAGCAAAGCGAAAAUUGCAAGUAUGACCAAUAGUAGUUUCACCGAGAGUGCUGAUGAUUCCAACGCUGUACAGAGUGGUAGCAACGAGGCGGCAGUUACAGCUGGCCUAGAGGGCAAUGUCCCUAUCACUUCCGAUAACACAACCCCUGACAACCCAGCCGCUACAACUACCACAACAACAAACACACACGCAACCACAAAUACAAACACAAACACACGCACCAACACGAGCAAGAGGAAGAAGCGUUCGGCGAAGGCACGCUCACAGAACGCCAACAACAACGAAAAUGCGCUGUGCAAGGACUACAGCAAAUCAUCUCUACACCGCUUCCGGAUUAUAGGCUCGAAGAAUUACGGGAACAUUGCGCCCCCGUCAAGUACAUUGCACCUGAGUAACAUACCCGCAGACACCCCCGAAACUGAACUGAAAGAGCUGUGCUCACGGUUUGGCACGGUCAUUGGCCUGAGAUUCUUUCCCACUCCACGCGAUACCGAGCGGAUACGUUUGAUGGCGCUGGUUGCCUACACUUCCAAAGGACAGGCAGUAGACGCGCUGGUGAGACUGCAUAACCACCAGAUUCACGACAACAUGCAUUUGCGCGUGUCCUUCUCCAAGACGGCGUAUUGAGCCAUAUUGUUUGGAGGAUAUAAUAAAACACACGGGGAGGACUAUUGUAUAGAUGUGGCUGCCUCCCGGUACACAGAUUAUACGCACAGUGCUUAUGUUGUGUAUAUGUAUAGAUGCAUGUGUGUGUAUGAAUAGAGGCUCCGUCAUGGGGAGUUAUAUUGACAUUCGGGAACACUACUUCGGACCGAUAGGUCUCGCUUGUGGUGGUAGCAGUUGAAAUAGUAGACCUAUAGCCUGUGACAGGGGAAACGUGAAUCAAAAGCGGGGGAAUACAUCGUACAGCUGGGCCGGUUACUUCAGGAGUAGGGAUUGAAAGGCUUGGUAUACAGCAGGCGGGAUGGCAAGUUGCACCUUCGAGCGAUGUGUACCUGUACCGUAGUAUUUAGCCUCGCGGAAGAUACAGUAACAUACUGAACAAUGUACUUCGUUGUAAAUAUGUAACUGUCAUCGACUUCAGCCCUGAGCUACCAAAGGAAAAGAGGAUAGCUUGCGGCUCUAGCAGAGUUUCGAUAUGAGCCACAUCGCUCCUGGUGAAUAUAGGUUGGUCGUAUCGUACAAUGUCUAAUGUAAUUGGCUAAGCUAUUGCGGUAGCGUAUACCACUAUUCUUGCGAUGUUUAGUAGAAUAUUGAUAAAGAUUAGAUUCGAAUUUCCGCGCUGUUGUAGACGGACUUUGUCCUUGAUUGAAUGAUGGCAGUCCGACGUGUAUCGACACAUGGCUGAGUGCAACACCGCGUUUCUAGUUUGUUACAAGUUUAUUAAAAUAAAUUCAAAGUCGAU